UCCACCACAGCAGAUAGUUGGCUGUGAGUGUGCUGGAGUGUGAGAGGCCCACAAAGCCAGCAAGAGGGGAGGUGAGAUCAGUUACAGCAGGCAGGGCAAAAGCAGGCAGCCAAGCAAGUGAUCUAGGAACAGAGAUAGACUGGAAUAAAGAGAGAGAUAAAGGUAGGAGGAAAAGGCAGAAAGAAGAGGUUUGGUUCAUGUGAGGAGGAAAAGAACAAGACCAGAGGGCAGAGGCAGACAGAUAGGGAACACCUGGACCAAGCAGGGCAUUGAGUUACUCCAAAGGAAGCUCCUUUCUGGGCUCUUCUCCCAGCUCACUGCUCUCUGAGACAACAUGUUUGACUGUAUGGAGGCUCUUGGGCUGGUUCCUCGGCCACUCUUCGAUGUGUCCAGCCAGGGCUCCUGCAUGCUGGGCAAGGCCACCCCUUACUUUUCCAGGCUGGACCCUUUUUCCUGGACGGGGGCGAGCAGCAUUCAGUCGGUGGAGACUCAGAGCACCAGUUCAGAGGAGAUGGUGCCCAGCUCACCCUCCCCUCCUCCUCCUCCUCGGGUCUACAAGCCCUGCUUUGUGUGCCAGGACAAGUCAUCUGGUUAUCACUACGGAGUGAGCUCCUGUGAGGGCUGCAAGGGGUUUUUCAGACGGAGUAUCCAGAAAAACAUGGUUUACACCUGCCAUCGAGACAAGAACUGUCAGAUUAACAAAGUGACACGUAAUCGCUGCCAGUACUGUCGGCUGCAGAAGUGCUUUGAGGUCGGCAUGUCCAAAGAAGCCGUGCGUAAUGACAGGAACAAGAAGAAGAAGGACAUGAAGGAGGAGGUGGUGCUGCCUGAGAACUAUGAGCUGAGCGGAGAACUGGAGGAGCUUGUUAACAAAGUCAGCAAAGCUCACCAAGAGACCUUCCCAUCUCUGUGCCAGCUGGGAAAAUACACCACAAACUCCAGCGCUGACCACAGAGUGCAGCUGGACUUGGGCCUGUGGGAUAAGUUCAGUGAGCUUUCCACUAAGUGCAUUAUAAAGAUUGUGGAGUUUGCCAAGCGACUACCAGGCUUCACUACGCUCACCAUCGCUGACCAGAUCACCCUCCUCAAAUCUGCAUGUCUGGACAUCCUGAUGCUACGGAUAUGCACCCGCUACACUCCAGAGCAGGACACCAUGACCUUCUCAGACGGCCUGACUCUCAACAGGACCCAGAUGCACAACGCCGGCUUUGGGCCCCUCACAGACCUGGUGUUUGCCUUCGCAGGUCAGCUGCUGCCUUUGGAGAUGGACGACACCGAGACGGGGCUUCUCAGCGCAAUCUGUCUCAUUUGUGGAGACCGUAUGGACUUGGAGGAACCAGAGAAGGUCGACAAACUUCAGGAGCCACUGCUGGAGGCUCUAAAGAUCUACACUCGCCGCAGACGCCCCAACAAGCCUCACAUGUUCCCUCGCAUGCUGAUGAAAGUCACAGACCUCCGAGGAAUCAGCACCAAGGGUGCAGAACGAGCCGUUACCCUCAAAACAGAGAUCCCAGGCCCCAUGCCCCCUCUGAUCAGGGAGAUGCUGGAGAACCCGGACGCCUUCGAGGACAGCAGCGACUGCAGCGACAGCGCCUCGGCGCCUCCCCCUGCCAUCCAGGCCAUCAAGCAAGAGGGGAAGUCCACUUACGAGUCCGCCUUCGAAGAGGAAGAGGAGGAGGAGGAGGACGAAUACUGGGAGGAGGAGAGGGAGUGGGGGGCGGAAAGUGACGGAGAGCCGUGGGGGGAGGCCGCACAGAAGAAAGCCGUGGUGGGAAAAACGCAGUGAGAAGGACGCUGCCUCCUCUCUGACAGACCGCUGAGCCGCACAGAGCAACGCCACCUCAGAGUUAGGCUCGUUAAUGACAUUGUAAUAACCUGUACAUACUGACUGCAAGGAAACAGAUUCUAAA